AUGAAAUUACUAAUUGUCGUUGUUGGCUUGGUUUUUGCCGUCGUAGCCGAGGAGCCAAUCACUCUCGACUACCAUGAAAGGAUUGGUAUCCCCGAAGCUGCACGCAUCAAACUCGCUGAGGAGGCUCAGGACUUCGACGGCUCCAGGAUCGUAGGAGGACAGGCAUCUUCUCUUGGCGCAAAUCCCCACUUGGGCGGUCUAGUUAUAACUUUGACAAACGGAAGACAGUCAGUUUGCGGAUCUUCUCUGCUCUCCAACACCAGACUGGUGACCGCCGCUCACUGCUGGAGGGAUCGCAGCAAUCAAGCUCGUCAAUUCACUGUUGUUCUCGGCUCAAUUCGUCUUUUCUCCGGAGGGGUUCGCAUCAACACCAAUAAUGUCGUGUUGCACGGUAGCUACAACACCCAAAAUGCGAACAACGAUGUAGCUAUUAUUCGCAUCAACCACGUCGGAUAUAACAACAAUAUUCAGCGGAUCGCAAUAGCAACCGGCAAUAACGACUUUGUAGGCACCUGGGCCACAGCGGCUGGAUUUGGAAAAACCGCCGACAAUGUUGGUAUCAGCAGCAACCAGGCACAGAGACAAGUUAACUUGCAAGUAAUCACGAACGCUGUAUGCAGAAACACUUUUGGCUCUAGCGUUAUCAUCGGAUCUACCCUGUGUACUGCUACUACUGGAGGUCGAAGCACCUGUGGUGGUGACUCAGGAGGCCCCCUCUGGAUAGGCAGCGGAGGCGGUCGUCGACUAAUUGGUAUUACUUCUUUCGGCUCGCCUCGAGGCUGCGGCGUUGGCUUGCCCGCCGGAUUUGCGAGGGUGACUUCAUUUGCAUCUUGGAUAAACGCACGUCUAUAA